CGAAAAAUCCAGAACACUCGAGAAUCUUGCCAUUUGUUGCCUAGCCCAUCUUGUGCUCAGUCGUUGCUAUUACCCGUACGAUAUCCAAGUCUUACUGUGCUACCCAGCCAGCUAGGUCGUUGGUUGUGGUUGGAAAGAGACAACAGGGCUCACAUAAAAGCAAUCGUCAAACUAUUAUUAAGAAGACACUCCCACAGCAUCGACCAUGAAAAACCUCUACUUCUCUCGGAUAUUCUUUGCCGCCAUGGCCGCCUUUGCCAGCAAUAGAGCCACAGCUCAACGGACAACCAGUACUGUGGAUGGUGGGACCGUGGACCUGACGACCUGCGAGAAGACACCAUCCGAAUACAACAUCCAGCUCCAAUACAUGGGAGUUGGAGAUCCCGAUCCACGAUAUGAAGAAGCCUUUCAGCUGGCUGCCAUUCGAUGGAGCAAGAUCAUUGUCGGUGAUGUCCCCGAUGUCCGUGGCGGGACGGUGGACGAUUGGUUUGGUGGUCAAUUUCCUGGUCGCAGCUACACGGAAGCCGUGGACGAUGUGGUCAUUGGCUAUAACAUUCCGGACACGCUCGAUGGACCGGGUGGUACAUUGGGUGCUGCCGGUCCUGUGUUUGUCAGACGGGAUGCUUUCCGUCGUCCCACUUCCACCAUUAGCGGUAUCAUGGAGUUUGAUGGACUGGAUCUAGAUGCCAUGUCCACCAACGAUGUCAAAUUGAUUAUUCUCCAUGAAAUGGGACACGUCUUGGGGUUGGUGGGGACCACCAGUGGACGCUGCACCAAUGCCUGUGACAGUACCAAUCCCUUGGAACAAACACAAUACGCAUGUGCCGGAGCCGCCAACGAAUAUGAAGCCAUUGCUCCCGGAGAAUUGUUUCUGGAAAACAAUGGUGGCAUGGGAACCGCCUGUGGCCAUUUUGAAGAGCGAUCCUUUCGUUCCUUUCAAAGCAGCGAAAUCAUGACGGGGUUCUUUGAAGCCGACUUGUUUCAGCCCAUUAGUAGUGUCACCGUGGCGGCAUUGCAGGAUAUUGGAUACGAAGUGGACUUUUGCGGCGCCGACAUUUGGCCUGCCGAUGACGAGACCAUCAAACGAUUUGUCGUCUACAAGGCAUCACAGGAGAUGGACAUGGAUACCGUGUUGGACCCGUUGUCACCCCGAUGGACCAUGGAGCCAGAGACGGGGGAAACCACGGAAUUUAGUUGGGAGGAUGAUGCUGGUGCUGCGACGGCGGGACCGGAAGAAAGUGCAACGCCGGCACCGGAAGCAAGCGCAACGCCCUCCCCGACAGCCGGUGGAAUCUCUUUGCUGGGCUCUCUCUCGAUAGCGAUUUCGGCGGCUUUGGCUGUUGUCCUGCUGUAAGUAGUUAGUGACCCAAGGGGCCUCCUGUUCAGCUGCUGGUGAAAUGGAAAACAAAAAGUAUUGUUGUUUCGUUUGUAACCCAGCAAAUUGGUAACUACACUAUAAUACAGUUCAUCCAUC